UGGAAAGAUUCAGAUGCAAUUAAUCAAUUAAUUAUUAAAAUGUCUACACAAAUUCCUCUCACAAUCGAUAACUUUUUACUUGUUGCUCGUACCACCGAUUCUCAAGAAGAAUUAAAAACAUUAACAGAACGUUUAGAGCAUGAAAUAGGAAAAUUACGCUCAAAAGAUAUUGGUGGUGAAAAUGAUGCUGAUAUUCGAGCAACAUUAAACAGCUACAAGUAUUUGAAACGUCUUUUAAAUGAUAGAUUGGAUUUACAACAACGUUUAGAAUCAUCACUCUUUGAUGAGGAUGAUUUACCGCAAAAAGUUUCAUAUCACGAUUUACCAUUAACAGAAAUUCUAAAUAAUUCUAAUGGACUGGAUUAUUUUCUAAAAUUUUUACAGUCUGUAGAUGGUGUUGGUUAUGGUAAUUUUUAUUUAAAUGCUGAAGGCACAUUCAAAUUGUCUGUUGAUGAAAAUUUGAUUAAGAAAACAUUAAAAGUAUUGCAAAGUGAAACAAUCGACGAGACAUUACUAGAUGAUUUGCAAAAUAACGUAUUUGAAAUUCUUUCAUCUGACAAGUAUUACGGACAAUUUAAAACAACACCACAAUAUUUGAAAGUUCUGAGUGAAAUUGAUUUUAUCGAUUCAAUCACAAUGGAUAAUUCUGAUGCGGCCUCUCUUUCAAGUGUUUGUUCUGAGAAAGGUGACAAAUAUGCCAUUUAUGUAAUAUCUGUAUUAUGUAAACCUGUAAUUUCAACCAAAGUGACCGAUGCUGAUAUAUUAAAACAAAAAGAAUGGAUAACUUAUCGACGUUUUAGUGAGUUUAACGAUUUACAUAUAACCAUACGAAAACGUUAUCGAGAUUUACAAUACAUUCAAUUGCCACAAAAAAGUUUGAUUAAUUCUACUAAUCAAGAUGUUCGAUUGAAACGACAAAAAGAAUUGAAUAAUUAUUUAAUGGCAUUAUUAGAUCCAAAAGUAUUAAGUACUCAUCCUUAUUUAGCUGAUUUAUUAUUAAAAUUUCUUCGUAAUCAACAAUGGAAAUGUGAACAAACGGAAUUCACUCGAAAAGACAUUGUUAAAUCGACGGUUGAUACUCUCGUGAAUCCAUUUAAGCAAUCAGCGUUAGGCAUUAAAAAUGCUGUUACCUCACUACCUGGCAAUGUUGUUAAAAGUGUAAAUAAAGUUGCCGAUGGAAUACAAAUAGUGUCAGAUAGUGUGACGGAUAAUAUGGGAAAACUAUUUCGAACUGGACAAAGUUUGAAUGAUGCCUCUCGAGCUUUACAAACAUUUCCAAUUGUUGAAGAUUAUCAAAGUGGUAAAAAUAUUCCAUUGCGUGUACUCCUGGUUAUUAUGGAUGAAAUAUUUGAUUUAAAACAAAAAAAUAUGUGGUUUAGAUCAAGAUUUGUAUCAAUAUUAAAAAGAGUAUUACGAACAUUUAUGGGUGGUUCAUUCAACAGACGAAUUGCUGAUUUUGUCAGACAUUGGACAUCGGCACCAAAAAUUGCUAAAGAAAUUAGACGAUUCAAAGACAACUAUUGGCCGAAUGGUAUCAUAGCUGAUAAACCAGCUGAACGUGAUGAAAGUAUAAAACACGUUACACAAGUAUUAUGUAAAGCAAAAUUAUUAGGAAUUGUAUCAGAUGAAUUACGUCAUAUAAUUGGUAGUGAAACCACACGUCGUGGACUCUUACGUCUAUUUGAAUUAUUACAAAAUGAAACGUUGAAUCGUCGUUUUAUCUUUGUUUUAUUUGAAGCAAUACUCAUAAAACUAUUUCGUCCAAAUGAUUUACAUUUAAUAUUUGAAAAAUUAUAUUCUAAAUCAUCUCGUGUUAAAGAUGAAUAUAAACGACGAAACCAUGAAGUUCGAAGUAAUGAUCAAUUAAAUGUAAAUAUGAUGUUGACACGAACGAAUAGUGUAACUAGUAAUAAUUCUAAUAUUACAGGUAGAAAUAUGCCAAGAAGUUUUUCGAAAAUAUCAUACUAA